AAAGACUAUCUCUGAUUCUGCUGCAUCAAUUUGAAUCCUUUUUUUAAAAAUUGUCCAUUGUGAGUCCGACGGUGUUAUAGGGGUUUGGGAGUUCUCUUUUAACCCCUCAGAAUCAUCUUGUGACCCGUUGCCAGGUUGAGAACCACAGGUCUAACUAAAUCUGACUCUGACUGCACCCAUUAUGGUACCCCGGUGGACUUGGUUCCCCUGGGCACGCUGCCAGGACAGUGAAUCCCCUGGUCCGGACCAGGAGAGGGAGAAACGCUGGGCUGAAAUGUUUGAUCAGCUGGACCUCAACAAAGAUGGACGCAUUGAUAUCCUUGAACUGCGGACAGGGCUGGCAGGCCGAGGGCUUUCCAGAGGCUCCCUGGAGAGGAUGGUGAAGGCUGGGGACACCAACCAGGAUGGAGUGCUGGACUUUGAAGAGUUCACGCAGUACCUUCGCACCCAUGAAAAACAGCUCAAAAUCGUGUUUAGUAGCCUGGACAGAAACAAUGACGGUCAGAUAGAUGCAGCGGAGAUCCAGCACUCUCUACACACCAUCGGUGUGGACAUCAGCCUCAAGGAUGCCACCAGGAUUUUGCAAAGAAUGGACAAAGACGGUACCAUGACCAUUGACUGGAAUGAGUGGCGAGACUACUUCUUGUUUAACCCUCUCACUAACAUGGAGGACGUGGCACGCUACUGGAAGCGUUCAAUGAUGUUGGAUAUGGGAGAGCAGCUGACAGUCCCAGAUGAAUUUUCUGAAGAGGAGAAGAAGUCUGGCUAUGUGUGGCGGCAGCUGAUGGCUGGAGCCAUGGCUGGAUCUGUAUCUCGGACUGGGACUGCCCCCUUAGACCGUCUCAAAGUCUUCCGACAGGUUCAUGGUUCCACUGAUUUUAAAGGUAAUGUGCUGAGCAGUUUUCAGUAUAUGGUGAAAGAAGGAGGACUGCAGUCGUUGUGGAGGGGCAAUGGAAUCAAUGUUCUUAAAAUUGCCCCAGAAACGGCUAUCAAGUUCACAGCUUAUGAACAGAUCAAGAAUGUGAUGCGUGGCAGUAAUGAAAGAAGAAAUCUGAGGGUUCAUGAGAGGUUUGUUGCCGGAUCUUUGGCUGGAGCUACAGCUCAGACAGCCAUCUACCCAAUGGAGGUGCUGAAGACCCGUCUCACACUAAGAAAAACAGGCCAGUACUCAGGAAUAGCAGACUGUGCCAAACAGAUUCUACAGAGAGAAGGUGUCACAGCCUUCUACAAGGGCUAUGCACCCAACAUGCUGAGUAUUGUCCCUUAUGCCGGCAUCGACCUGGCUGUCUACGAGACUCUGAAGUUUGCCUGGCUGAACAGGAACAGAGGUUUAGCUGACCCAGGGAUCAUGGUGCUGGUCGGCUGCGGUGCUGUUUCCAGCACCUGUGGACAGCUGGCAAGUUACCCGCUGGCACUGAUCCGCACCCGAAUGCAGGCAGAAGCUUCAGUGAAGGGAGCCCCCAAACCCUCCAUGUUGGCUUUGCUUCACAACAUCGUGACCCAGGAGGGCGUGGCUGGACUUUAUCGAGGAAUUUCCCCCAACCUGCUAAAAGUCGUCCCUGCUGUCAGCGUGUCCUAUGUCGUCUACGAAUACACAAGGAUAAUCCUGGGAGUGGACAUAGAGGGUAGGAGGGGUGGGAAAGGGAAGGGUUAGAAAAAGGUUAGAUGGUUUGGGGUGGCUUUCUACUACAAGCACGUACAGAUCUGUUGACAAUGCAUGAGGAAAUGGGCCUUGACUGUGGAUGAAUACAUGUUCCUGUGAUCACAAGUCUUGAGUUUACAGGAUGAGCAUGAUAGGAUGGAAAAUAAGCAAUGGAAGGAAAAGAGAAUACAACAAAUCAUCGCUAUAUAUAAUCUGUUGUGAAAGGGUCACAUUUGGAGGAUCUCACCUGAACUGGCAGCUGCUGUGAUGUGUUUCAAGCGUGAUAUUGCAAAUGCAUGCCAGCAGUUGUGUGAAAGCUAAUCAAAUAGCCUCCUGCUACUGCAUUGACUUAGACAGAUGAAGACAUGCAUGAACUUGCCUGAGAACGAACAGGUAAAAGGUGUAACCAAACUUGGAAGCCAUGUUACAUUCCUACAGCAUUAUUUUUUCUCCUAGGUGGUAUAUAGAGAAGAUAAAGGAUUGAUAGGAGGACUGAUCCAAUUUCCUGUUCUGUAAGUGCGGGGAACCUGAAGUCGGUGCUCACCAGUGGAGUUACAGAGUGAGGACUUUGAUUGACAUGUCUUUACAAACACUAAAGUACAGAAAUAAUUACAAAACAACAACAGAAAAAUACUGAAUUUAACUCUUGAAUGACGACUGAAACGACAGAUGGUGAAAAAAGGAAGAGACACUGUGAAUCUUUUCUUUCCUGGAAGGAUUACUACUGAGUAAAGCACACCAAAGGACUUUAUAUUUUACAGGAGUGAAACUGCCAAAGCCAUAUCAAGUGGCAUAGAGGAUUCAUGAUAACCUCUCAUGCGAAAGUGUUCCUAUGCAGAAAGGUGUGUGUCUGUUUUCUUAUGUUUGAAGCACACUACAGGGUCCAGAGCCACACAGUAUUUUCAUAAACUGUAUGUGCACCAUGUGCAGGUUUAACACUAUGGUAAAGAGUACUACUCCUGUCAGUAUUUAUUAAGGAAUGUGCAAAUAAAAGCAUGCAUGGUGCUGCUUUUGUUAAAUAAA